AGCUAUUCCUAAGACUGAAGCAGAAAGAUGACUUGCAGGGGCAUAGCCUGCAUUGGAUUUGUCCUGAUUCUUCUCUUGUGUAAUGAGCAAGUCAUAUCCAAACCAAUAUCCAGCCUGCAGAGUCUAUCACGAUUACUAGAAGACAAUUUUGAACGCUCAUUUGGCUCAGAAGAAAUUGACCAUGAAAGAGGGGAGCUGGUACCUUCUGACUCAUUGAAUCAGCAAGAUUCUGAUCUCCAGUGGGCCACAAACAAUAUGGAUCAACCAGAUGGUGCCCAGCAUGCUGAUAUCAGUCUCCAGCAGCUAUUGAAUGACCCAUUGGGAUCAUCAAGGAGAUAUAGAAUGAGGAGCAAAAAGGGGUAUAGCAGAGGUUGCUUUGGGAUGAAACUAGACAGGAUCGGUUCCUUGAGUGGUCUUGGGUGCUAAUUAGAUAAGAUCGCCGGUAAAGAUGGGAGACUAGCUAACCUACAUCUACUUCUGGAAACACUUUUUGGAAAGCGUCUUCAUAUUAAUAUAUCAUCCUUCUGUCUUUUAAACAUGGCUCAUUCACUAAGAGAUAUACCAACUUUUCCAAACCAUUUAAAUAUAUUUUGUAAUGUAUUUAUGGAUAUUAUGUUUGUGUUUAAUAAUAAAUCCUCCUGUACGUUUCUGGUAAUAAACCACUGUGACAAUAAAUGUAUUUCCACAUUA